UCACUCAUUGUCUCAUUGUCAGUUUUCACAAAUUUUACAAUGACAUACUGAAUCAACCCAGCUGUGAGAUUAAUAAAAAUUGCGUCGUAUCGUAAUUGUAAUAUUCGGUAUUGAGAGUGUUAUAUAUACUAAAUUUACAUUUUCUUUGUAAUAAUAACAGAAUAACCAGGAGAAAAUGGCAUACGCCUACUUGUUUAAAUACAUCAUCAUUGGCGACACAGGUGUGGGCAAGUCAUGUUUACUGCUGCAGUUCACAGACAAGAGAUUCCAACCAGUACAUGAUCUCACUAUUGGUGUGGAGUUUGGUGCCCGCAUGAUUACAAUUGAUGGUAAACAAAUCAAGCUACAGAUCUGGGACACUGCUGGCCAGGAGGCAUUCAGGUCAAUAACUCGGUCAUACUAUAGAGGUGCGGCAGGUGCACUUCUAGUUUAUGACAUAACUAGACGGGAUACCUUCAACCAUUUGACAACUUGGCUUGAAGAUGCCCGGCAGCAUUCCAACUCCAAUAUGGUCAUCAUGUUAAUUGGUAACAAGAGUGAUCUGGAAUCUCGACGUGAAGUAAAGAAAGAGGAGGGGGAAGCAUUUGCACGUGAACACGGCCUUGUGUUCAUGGAGACAUCGGCCAAGACUGCUGCAAAUGUUGAAGAGGCCUUUAUCAACACUGCAAAAGAGAUUUAUGAGAAAAUACAAGAAGGCGUUUUUGAUAUCAACAAUGAGGCAAAUGGCAUCAAGAUCGGUCCGCAGCACUCUACGGGCGGAGGCGCGAGCGGCGCUGGUGGCGCGGGCGCAGGCGCGGCGGGCGGCGGCUGCUGUUAGGUGCUGCGCUGCACACACUGAGGCGGACAGGUUGGCUCCUAGUGGGCUCAGCAGAGAGGGAGUGCAGCUGUGUGCAACAAACUAUGGUCGGAAAUUUACCGUGUGCCGGAUUUAUUAGGAUAUGUAUGUACGCUAUGGUAUAUGUUGCAUUCAUUAUAAUUUUAGUAAUGCCACUCUGGCAAGACAUUGUUUCGUAAAAUCGUUUCAUAUGUGCUUACAACGCGACAUUAGUAUUUAAAACUAGUUUUUAUACACAACUGAUUUCAAUAUCUUACAAAAUAUAUGCAGUUUUCUAUUUCUCGACAUUUUAAAUAGUUUACAGACUAAUUUAGAUGGAUUCAAAAUUAAAUACAGUUAUUAUCCCUAUCUAAGUGUUUAUUUACAUUGUAGAUGCAGUUUCUCAUUCUAUAUAGUACAUAAUGGUAAGAUAUAAAUGUUAAGACAUAAGUUUCAAAUCUUAUUGUGUAACAGUUCUACGAGAGUAAUUAUAAUAAAACAUGUUAACAUCGGACCAGGAGUGGAAAAUUAUUGAACUGUAUAUGUUGUUUUAAAAAGCUUUUUAGUCUUUGUAUGCUUAUGUACUAUGUGUUAUAUUGUAAAAUUGUCAUAUACAUAUGUGUAUUUGAAUUUCAAAUACAAUUUAAAAUAUGCCAAACCAAGAUAGUUAAACAUAACCAGAAAUCUCUAAUUGUGUGUUUAGGCAAUUAUCAAUACUAUUUUUCAUUAUAUGAGUGCAAUAUUUUAUUUUAUAAUUUAAAAAUAUUACAGAAUUUGAGUUCGUAAUUUAAUUUAAUGUUUAUUAAAAACAGUCAAUAUUUUAUGUUUUUAAAUAUGUGAUAACUCUAAAAGAAAAUACGACAAUAUGUAUUUGGGAAGAAACACACAUAUUUUCAAGAAAGCUAUUCGAAUCAUUUAUUUUAUAUGUAUUAUAUAAUUUACAUAUUAAUAUAUAAUUAAAAAAAUAAUUUACACAUAAAUUUCAGGUCAAGAGACACUUAUAGUUUUAAGUUAUAACAAUAACACAAAAUGAAAUUGCUGUGAUGACAUUAUGUAAUUCCAGUUAAUUACAUAAAAGUUUAUGUACUAACCUAUAUUACCUUUUUAGUACCUUAUUUAAUAAAAUAAUUAACCUGUUUGCUACUGUAUUGUUCUUAAAACAUGACGUAAACUUGUGAAGGCCUACAGAACUUUUGCACAAGAACAAUUUAAAAUUUAUUUAAUUAAAAGUAAAGGAAAGUAAAAGGACUGCUUGCAACUCAACAGGACAUGAUUACAAGAAAUUGUUUAUAUUUAAGUUUAGCACAUGUAAUGUAGUAAGCUAAUAUAUAAGGUUACAUUAUGCAACACACAUUUGUAAAGCGUAAUCCAUCAAAGUAAAUGUUAUAAAAUUCAA